UCCUGCUUUGUUUGAGAGGGAGCGAAUUGACGGACUGAAUAGGCUAGCUGUGGAGUUUAGAACAUACUAAUGUGGGCUGGGAAGUUUAGAACAUACUAAGAAUGUGCUGGUUUUGAGUGAUUGUGAUUCACUCCCAGUCAGUGACAACAGACAGGAUAAGGAUAAGCAGUCAGGUCAAGUUAGGUUGCUAAAUUACUGUGCAAGUUAGCAUUUGUUGAUUCAAUUUAGCACUUAGCAAGUUCUGGUCACUACAGGAUCCUGUUUUGAAACUGGAUGUAAAAGGUGUCUUUUGCCACAGUCCGUGCCCUGUCCCAUGAGACCCAUCUACUCCAGCACAGCCACCACUGUCCAUCAACAUGUGUCCAAGCCAUCAGAUCCUGAACGUCUUGAUUUCAAGGGCAAUGUUCCUACGGCCAGUCUUCUUAUACAUGUUCCAUUAGAGAUCAUAUUUUGUCAGUGCAAAGCAAACCAUAUACCACUUCAUAAUUGAAAUAUAAUACUCAACUUCAAGUUGUUUGAGGCACAGGAGUGUGUUGUGUGAUUUCUGGGAUGGAACAAAAGCCUGUGCACUCCAUGGCCCUCUAAGUAAUGUCAGGAUCAAUAACUUAGCCAGCUAACUGAGAAAGAUUAACUUCAAAUGUAAACAGUACUGACUCAAUAUUCUCAAUAAUACAUCAUAUACUUUAUCUCUUUUGAUAAACCAGAAAACAAACUGCUAUAUUUGAGAGUAUGUUAGUUACCUGGCUAACUUAUUGAUUCUGCUUGGUGACAUACACUGUAGGGCUAGGUUGGCCACGCCUUCCUUCACUUAGCCAACACCUGGUGCGACAAAUCAACAGUAAUCAAUUAGUAUGAAAUUAAAUUCAGGUGUGCAGACUGAUAGUAUCUACUGGACUUUUUCACUGGGAAACUAAAAUCAAAGUCGUACUUAGUCUAGCCGUUUGAUACUUAGUCUAGCCCUUGAUACUUAGUCUGAGUGUCCACAGGUGCAUUUAAUUGACUCCUUUCACAGGGUAAUCUAACUGGGCUAAAUAGAAUUUCAUCCAACUGCAAAGGGAAUCCCCCUAUGAAUGUUAUCAUAGGAGGAUUACCCCAUACCCUUGGGUUUGACAAGUCAAUUCAGGUCCAUGCUGUCAGAGGGGGGGUCACAUGGAGCUAAUCUCUGAAUCCCAGAACUAAUCUUACUUAAUUGUGUCAAAUGCUCAAUUAGGUUCUGGGGGGAAAUGCCUGAAAAAAUAUCAGAUACAAGUAAAGUCUCCACCCUCCUAAACAGAAACUCUUUACAUGGAGCAAAUGCGUCGCAUUACAUUUUCAGCUGCAGGUAGUACUGGAUUUAUAUGAUGGGGCAGUUUUAAGGAAUGACAUUCCUUGAGGGCAACAUUACUUUUUCAAAGAUGAUUUGAAAACUUGUACUAAUGUCAUUACAGAUUCUUCCAAAUCAAUGGGGUUUAUUUUAUUGCUUUAAAAAAACUGAAUCUUACUGGCUUUAAGAGCUGUCCUAAAUUUGUCAAGAUGACAUGGCUAAGAUGUCAUGGCACUAUGCAAGGCACCUUGAUUGGUUUUCAUUCCUAUUUUGAUGAGAGGCAGUGGUAAGUAUAUGCAGAACUUACUGCUUAGUUGACUAUAGCCUGGAAACCUGAUGCUUUAUUUAAUGGAAUUCUACAAUUGGUAUAAAUUAGUGUUUGGAUCAGAAAGGUUCCCUCUCACGACCUCUACAAGCCAGAACGUUGAAUAAAAUUGUAUUUUAACUUACUUUACUGUUUGUCUGUUUGAUUGGUCUGUUUGCAGGUAGGAAUGUGAGAAAAUAUCCACAGGAAAGCAUAAUUCAAUCCUCUUUUCAAAGUGCUGGUAGUGUUCAGAUUUGUCACCUGAAGCAUGCACAGAACCACGUAAGCAUGAGCCUGGCAAGUAUGCAUGCGAACAUGUAUUUAUCUUGUGUGAGUGCUUCAAUGAAAUUCAACGUCAGGUUUCCAGGCUAGGUUGGCUAUUGCAAGUGAAGGGUAGGAUUCUUGUAUCCUUCCUUCUCUCCACCCUGCUGCCUGCAGGCUUGGAGAAACUAGCAGCCUCUGUGAAUGCUGCUUAGGUGACAUGAAAGGUCAAAAGCGGUGAGGGAGGAGCACCCUUCUCAAAUGGAACAGUAAUCUGGGCUGUAAGCUCCUGCUGUCAACAUAGCAGCAUGGUGAUUCAUUCAGAAACUUCUCUUUUGCAUAAAAUAUGUCUGAAUUUUCAAACUAGCUUUCAUUGGGAAGGCGGAUCAAGCGUUUAAGAAAAUUGCAUGUGAAAACAGAAUCCUACUCAUUACUCCACCUGCUUAACCCACUUUUUUUGUUUAGAACCACCAUCGGCCAGAGCAGGGCACCUGACUCACCGCCAGGAGGCAGCCCGGUUCCAAAACAAAUGCAAUCGCUUUUCACCCGGUGCAAACACCUCCCACUGGGGCCAGAUUUGAAACCCAUCACUGAAUCGCCUGCUUGAGUUGCCUGGCAGGCUUUGCACUCUACCAAUCAGAGUUGACAGGGUGUAAAAAGGAGGAGGAGCUGCAUGAUUGUGGGUGUGUCCUAUCUUGGACUUCAACAAUAGUGUGUAUGGGAAAGUCAAGCAUGGAUGUUGCUGUUGCAGAGGAACCCCCGAGGAAAAUCUUCAGAGCAAAAAAGACUAUGAAAGUCAGCGAUCGACGGCAACUGGAAUCCCUUCACACCACUCUUUCCUCUCCGUGUUCUUUCCCAUCCCCACCUCAGCCAGCAAUGGUAAAUGGGAAGCACUGUGAAGCUGUGUCUAUGGAAGUAGAUAAAGAAAUACAUGGAACUACACAUACCACCACUCAUGCCACUUCCUCCCUGAUAGCCACAUCCCUAAGCACUGAGACCUCUGAGGAACCAACAGCCUCUGAAUUACAGGUUUCUUCAUCACAGAACAUACACUUUGAUGUAAAAGAUGUUCAGGAAGAAGGAGAGGGGGACAAGGAGUCUACAUUACCCAGCCUCGAGGUAGAAGACAAACUUAAGGGGGAUAGAAAUUCCAAAGGAGAUGUUAUUGUUUCCUCUCCUGUGAGUUCAGAGAAAACAACAGAAGCAGUAAGAGAGAGACAGGUUGUUGGUAUGGAAAUGGACCUGGUACCAGGUACCACUCAGGACACAGUGCCCAUAUUGAACCCUGCCGCCUCCCCCCUCCUGUCUUCCAACACGACUGUAGAGUCUGUCUCUUCCCCUUCACUCUCCCCGUCAUACACGGCAGAGUCAGACCAGGAGGUCAGGCCAGGAUUCCUGGUGCUUAGUGAAGAUGAUGAUGAUGUCCAGGAUGAGAGCGAUGAGGAACAGAGGGAAUGUGAAGGAGUGGUAGAAAAAGUUGAGGUUAACAUGAAGGAGCCAGAACAAUUUGUAAGUGGUGCUCCAGUUGACUCUCCGUCCCCUUCAUCACCAACGCCCCUUCAGAUUGAUGAAGAGGAGGGUGCUGCUCUACAGAAGAAACGAUCCUUGUCUGGAGGCUCAGAGGAUGGUGGUGAAAAACAGGGAGAAAGAGACUUGGAAGUGGUGGAGAGGCAUAACAAGAGGCCCAGAGUAGACUGUGAAGAGCUGGAGGCUCAUGUGGAGCUGAAGAUCAGUGGGAGUGCUGAAAGGCAACACAAGCUAAAGAAGGUGGUGCAGCAGCUUGUUGAGGAGCAGUUGUGUGUUCUGCAGCUCACACUAUUUGACAAGAGUCUUCAGGGGCUCAGAGACAGACUGGACAAAAUAGAAAAACACCCAAGUGCACUCAAGAGCCUGCAGGCAAAGAUUGGCCGACUUUCUAAGAAAGUUGGAACUGCCAUCCAGGCCAGGGAGAAUGCCAAGAAACCUCCAGAGGUGCUGUUGCCACCUACCUUUACUCAUGCCACAGCAACCACCCCAGCAGGAUCAGCAAUUCUCGGCCUGAGAACAAUGGGGAACAACACACCGGAUCCAAAGCGUAAUGAUCAGAGCAGUCAAACCCCUACUCCUGUACGUAAUGAUCAGGGCAGUCAAACCCCUACUCCUGUACGUAAUGAUCAGGGCAGUCAAACCCCUACUCCUCUACGUAAUGUUCAGGGCAGUCAAACCUCUACUCCUGUACCCACAGCCUCCUUGCUACCUUCCCCCUCUUCCACAGCCUCAGCCGGAUCUCAACCCACAUCCCAAACCUUGAUGCUGAGCACCUGUGUUACCCCAAAACCAGGCCCGUCCGCCUUCCCUCUCCAGUCAUUCCUCAUACAGCUGCCUGGUGGAGGGACAGCCAUCCUUACCAACCCAACCAACUCUCAGCUAAUCCCAGUGUGCGCACUUCCCGCCAUGACGAGUUCCACCGUGACACCCACCACUGCCUUCCUCCUGCAGAGGACUACUCCCUACACCCCUGCUGCUCCCAAGCCCCCCUCUGCUUCUGCCCUCUUAUCUCAUUUCGCUGCCAUACCCACAACCACGACUACACCCACUGACACACCAGCUGCCACAACGUCCCACAUGACCACACCCAUAACCACACCCACAUGCAGGGCCACAACCACACCCUGGGCCACAACCAUAACCACACCCACAUGCAGGGCCACAACCACACCCUGGGCCACAACUGUAACCACACCCACAUGCAGGCCCACACCCAGGGCUACAACCGUAGCCACACCCAGGGCCACAACCGUAGCCACACCCAGGGCCAUAACCGUAGCCACACCCAGGGCCACAACCGUAGCCACACCCAGGGCCACAACCGUAGCCACACCCAGGGCCAUAACCGUAGCCACACCCAGGGCCACAACCGUAGCCACACCCAUGGCCACAACCAUAACCACACCCAGGGCCAUAACCACACCCACACGCAGGGCCACAACCACACUCUGUGCCACACCCAAUGUCUCCCACCCUGGAGCCACUGGGACAGUCGGCAGGCCCAGCUCCGGUGUGUCUGUCUCCGUCUGUGAGUCCAUUCGGCUUGUGUCUGUGACGAACUCCACUUCAACUUCAUCCUUACCAAGAUUUUCAAUGCCAGCCACCACAGGCACUCAACCCUCUGUGCGACCAGCUGCCUCUGUGCAUCAAGCUGCCUCAGUACAACUAGCUGCCCCUGUACCACGUGUGCCUGCGAAAACAGGUAGUGAAUCUACAAACCCUCCUUCAGACUCCACACAGGCAUCUCAUCCUGCCAAAUCAGAAGCAUUCAUAGACCUGACAGAGGAGGAGGAGGAGGAUGAUGAUGAUGUUCUAGUUACUGGAGUGCUGAAGGCUCCGUUGGCUUUGAAGGCCUCACCCUCUCCUUCAACAGCGGGUCAGCGAACAGCAGCCACACAGCAAACCUCCACUUCAGUCGGAACACAGGCCGUGAGGUCAUCUCUUGGUCAGAUGUCAGGUGUUGGAUCUCCGCAUGCUGUUUAUCAUCGCCCCCUGCAGGGCUCCCCAUCUAAAAGUGUUGCCUUGGCAACAUCCACUUCUUCAUCUUCCACACCUUGCCCCCAGCCCUCUCCCCUUCCCCCCUUGCCUGUCCCACCUCAAACUAUCAGCCUGCCCCUAGAAGCGGCCAGCACCAGCCCUCCACAGCAGCCUCUGCUCAAAAUAACCCGGGUUCCGAGCCAUAAUGACGGCAUCGUGCUCUCCUGGUCUGUGACUGAGGUAGAUAGGAGCUGUGCUGCCGUGGACAGCUACCACCUAUACGCCUACCACCAGGACCACUCUGGCCCCAGCACACAGCCCCUACUCUGGAAGAAGAUAGGGGAGGUGAAGGCCUUGGCUUUGCCCAUGGCCUGUACACUCACACAGUUCGUCUCUGGCUCCAAGUACUACUUUGCAGUCCGUGCCAGGGACGUGUUUGGCCGCUUUGGACCAUUCUGUGAGCCUCAGUGCACUGACGUCUUAACGUCCCCUUCACCGAAAGCGCCAGUUUAACCACACGCUAAGAAUUAAGUUAAAAUGUAUUGUGUCAAGUUAAAACAAGAGGAGAAAUGUUGAUUCUGUAGAUUUUUUUUCUGGUUACUUAGAAAGUGAAAAGUUCAGUAAAGCUUCUGGCAAAACGAAUUGCUCUAUUUUCAAA